UUGAAGGUCGUCACCUCUGUGCCCUGUUCGAGUUGAGUCUGACUCUAUUAGUGAAAAGGUGGUUCGCAGGCAGUGUGCAGGCAUCCUUUCAAGCAGAGAACUUGAAGCGAUUGAAGUCCUGCCUGCUUCUGUACUGGAGGCGUAAUCGCAGUUCAAAGGUCUGCGCCAGUGGAGCUCCUCUCUUAAUACCACCCCAGCGCCGCAAUUCUUCCUCCCUUCUGUGUCACAAUCUACAAGAGACUCAUCGUGUCUUGAAAAGCAGUGGUUUGCAUCAGCAUUGUAUUCAGGUGUGAAUGAACGGCACGCAAAGCUUCUCGCCAUACAGAUCUUCCUCCUUGAGUGGUCUUACUGAAGGUACGAUUGAUGGCAAGCGCACAAAGGAGCAAUGAUUUGGGUGGUGUGGAGCCGGCAGUACGACCAGGAUCUAACGAAGAAUUACAGAAGGCGCGUAGCCAAAGCGGUGGGGGGGAGAAUCCUUUUGAGGCGCUAGCGGAAGAGGCCUUGGGGGGGCUGGAUGGGAUCAGUGAGGAGGACCUCGAGGCGAAAGCUCGGGAGGCCUUGGAGUGCCCGUGUAUAGAUGGCAUCAAAAACGGGCCAUGCGGGGCAUCGUUUGUGGACGCAUUUGUUUGCUACAUCAAAAGUAGAGAGGAAGAAAAGGGGUCCGACUGCUUAGAAAAGUUUGUCGCCAUGCAAAGCUGCAUGGUCGCACAUCCUGAAAUACUAGAGGAAAUGCAGGACGAUGAAGAAAGUUGAUUCGAGGACGCUGACAGGCUGUCAGUGGCCGACAGAGCGGAGUAGGGUUCUUUACGGUUACACAAUCGAUUGUGUGGUUGAGGUCUUACUAAUCUGGCGGCAAAUCGUCCCUGCCACAUGAUAUGUACAAUCAUGCAGCAGCAAUACGAUACUUUGAUUAUUGGACAUGUAUUUGACACGAUCG